AUGCAAGUUAUUGUUGAUCGAAUUCGUGCUACAUUACCAUCUGUUAAUGACGAUAUUCUUGGUUAUAUAACUGAAACAAAUAAAACUGAUUAUACUGAUUCUGAAGAAGUAGAAGAUGCUUUAAGACCUAUAUUUGAAGAAAUAGCUCAUGAUGAAAUAGAACAAGAAGCAAUCACUGAACUUUGUCAAUUUGUUAGUGAUCAAUUAAAAUUAGAAACACUAUCGGGUGGUAAUGGUUUAACCCAUGGACCAAAAAAAUUAUUAACACCUGUUUUAAUUGGUCAUUAUUCAGGUUCAAAAUCUAGUGAAGUUUCAUCGGCUUUAUUUAAUAUGUCUGAUCGAACAUUUAUUAAACCAACAAAUGAAAUAACAACUGUAUCACAAAAAAAACUUGAAAAAGCAGAAGCUAAACUUCGUGAAAAACAAGAAAAACGUGCAAGAGAUGAAGCAACAAAUGGUGAAAAUAAAGAACAAGCACAACUUGAAGAUGCUGUUGUUAGUCAAGCAACUAAUAAACGAUUACUUGCAGAAAAUGAAAAUAGUGAUUCAACAAAUAAAUCAUAUGAUGUUCAUAUUGAUAAUUUCGAUGUAUCAUAUGGAAACAAAAUGUUAAUUCAUACUGCUACUCUUGAUCUUAUCUAUGGUCGUCGUUAUGGUUUUGUUGGUCGAAAUGGAUUAGGUAAAUCAACUUUACUUCGUGUAAUAGCUAAUCGAAGUCUUGUACUUCCAUCUCAUCUCCGUAUAUUACAUGUUGAACAAGAAAUUGAGGGCAGUGAUACCAUUGCUCUACAGAGUGUUCUCGAAUGUGAUGAACGACGAACAGCAUUAUUGAAUGAAGAAAAAGAACUAAAUAAAAGAUUACAUUCAACUAACGAUUCAUCAGCAGCUCACGAUUCAUUUAUUUCAAAACGUUUAGCAGCAAUUUAUGCUGGAUUAGAGACAAUUGAAGCAGAUAAAGCUGAAUCAAGAGCAGGAGUUAUAUUAAAUGGUCUUGGUUUUACUAAAGAAAUGCAAUCCAUGACUACAAAACAGUUUUCCGGUGGUUGGAGAAUGCGUCUUGCAUUGGCACGAGCUCUUUUUUCAAAGCCAGAUCUUCUUUUACUUGAUGAACCGACUAACAUGUUAGAUUUGAAAGCAAUUAUUUGGCUAGAAAAUUAUUUACAAACAUGGAAAAGUACUGUCUUAGUUGUUUCACACGAUCGAACAUUUCUCAACACUGUUGCAACAGAUAUUCUACAUUUACAUGCACAAAAACUUGAUUCAUAUAGAGGUAAUUACGAUACAUUUGUAUCAGCUCGAACAGAACGUCUUAAAAAUCAACAACGUGAAUAUGAAGCACAAAAAGAUUAUCGAGAUCAUAUUCAGGUAUUUAUUGAUCGAUUUCGUUAUAAUGCUAAUCGUGCUGCACAAGUACAAAGUAAACUUAAAUUAUUAGAAAAACUACCUAUUUUACGACCAGUAGAAAAAGAACAUGAAGUUCAUUUUCGUUUUCCUGAACCUGAACCAUUAAAUGGAACAAUUUUACAAUUAGAUGAUGUUGCAUUUACUUAUUCAAAAGAUGAUCCUAUGAUAUUAAAUAAUGUUAAUUUAUCAGCUAAUCUCUCAUCACGUAUUUGUAUUAUGGGUGAAAAUGGAUCUGGUAAAACAACUUUAUUAAAAUUAUUAGUUGAAGAAUUAGAACCAACUAAAGGUCAACGACAUGGUCAUAGAAAUUUAGCAAUUGGCUAUUUUACACAACAUUUUGUUGAUCAAUUACCAAUGAAUAUUAAUUGUGUUGAAGUUUUACAAUCGAAAUUUCCUGGUAAAUCUGCUGAACAGUAUCGAACGGAAUUAGGUCGUUUUGGUGUCAGUGGUGAUACAGCAUUACAAACAGUGAUGAGUUUAUCAGGUGGACAAAAAUGCCGUGUAGCAUUUAGUUUAAUGUGUAUGAAAAAUCCACAUAUUCUUGUACUUGAUGAACCGACAAAUCAUCUUGAUAUGGAAACAAUUGAAGCAUUAGCUGAUGCAAUAAAAAAAUUUCAAGGUGGAGUUGUACUUGUAUCACAUGAUGAAUUACUUAUAAAACGUGUUUGUACGGAAGCAUGGCUAUGUCGUAAUGGAAGUGUCACUGCACUUGAAAAUGGUUUUGAACAAUACAAGAAAUUAAUUGAAAGCGAAUUACAAUAUUAA